CCCGUUUUUUUGCACUCCCCAAGUCCCUACUCCCACUCAAAACCCCCUCACUGAGCUUACUUUCACACCCUAAAAACUCUAAUGGAGAAUUGCGGAAAAUCUCCAUUGAAGCCGUGGAAGAAAGGUCCAACAAGAGGCAAAGGUGGUCCUCAAAACGCCAUGUGUGACUACCGAGGGGUACGUCAAAGAACAUGGGGCAAAUGGGUGGCAGAAAUAAGGGAACCCAAGAAGAGAGCAAGACUAUGGUUGGGUUCUUUUUCCACGGCGGAAGAAGCUGCCAUGGCCUACGAUGAGGCUGCAAGGAGAUUGUAUGGACCAAAUGCUUAUCUUAAUCUACCUCACCUUCAGCCAAACUCUAGCCCUCCCAACAAAUCACAGAAGUUCAAAUGGAUUCCUUCCAAUAACUUCAUCUCAAUGUUUCCUUCUUGUGGGUUGCUUAAUAUUCAUGCACAGCCUAGCGUUCAUGUCAUCCAUCAGCGGCUCCAAGAACUCAAGAAUAACAGGCCCCUCAAUCAAUCCUCUGUUGCUUCUAGCUCUUCUUCCUCUGAAUCCAGAACUGAAGUCAUGAUUGUAAGUGAUGAAAACCAUGUUGCAAAUGUUUCUGCAGCAGAGAAAGAUGAGGAGAUAUCAUCAGAGAAGAUGCUGCUAACAAAUCAUGACGAGAAACCACAGAUUGAUUUAAACGAGUUCCUUCAGCAGCUGGGCAUACUGAAAGAAGAGAAUCGGCCAGACAACAAUGAUGUCGAUGAACAUUUCACGGAGCCAGAAUCUUCACAAAAAGAUCAAAACGAACUUACAGCCUUGGCAGACAAGAGUUUCGAUUGGGAUUCACUGAUUGAAAUGCAUGGAAUUGCUGAUCAUCAAGGAGAGGAAUUUAAUAGUUUCCCAGUUUAUGACAUCCAAAAAGAGCUGGCUUUCCCAACUUCCAUUUGGAACUUCUAGGAGGAUAAAAUGAUUUAGGAAGAAUGAAAGCUAACUUUGCUGCCUACUUGAUUGGAACUAGGAUGUCUGUUUUCACUUAAUUAGGCCAUACUGUAGUUUGCUCUAGAUCUACUGCCCGUUGAAUUGCUCUGUGAUAGUAGUUAGUCAUUUCCAUUGGCAACAUAGAUCAGACUAGAAAGCAUUUGACCUUACCACAGAGAGAGAGAGAGAGAGAGAGAGGAGGAGGAGGCUUGCUGUAUAAGUUAUAGUAGCAAGGGUUGGGUAGAGGGAAGUUCACUGUUGCAAUGAUAAUAGCAUUUCACUAAGUUUCUUUUUGACCCAUGGCUGAUGUGAACUCUCAUCAAAUGUUUUGUUCGACUGAUUUUGGCUGCGCUAGGUUUAUUUGUGCUUCUGUAAUUUUGCUAGCUUUACAACAUGGGGAAUUCACAAGGAAGCAUGUUACAAGAUCA